CAAAUUUUGAAAGUGGUCGACUGUUACUUACAUACAGACAUGAAACAAAGAAAUUUUGACUCCACUCCGCAAGUAAGAUCAGAAUUUCUUCCAGUCUCGUCAAGAGCAAGAUCCUACAGACACACUCCUUACAGCAAGACACCAAGAGUGAGAAAUCUCACAGGAAGGGCAGAAGAAACGAUAGAAUCCACUGAGCAAGCUGCUUCUAACUUAAAAGGUCUGGUGAACAAAACAUGGCGCAUUUACAAAGUCAGCCCUCUUUUCCAGUUUGACUACAGUCCUUCAUCCUUAAGGUUAUAUUCAAGACUUUUGAAGGCUCAACUUGAGGCUAAAGAGACUCAAGGAUAUGGUGUGAUGGUUGGCUCAAGUAAUAGCAUAAAAACAUGUUUUUCUGUGUAUGAAGGACUUACCAGUUUGAAAGGUGAUAGUGAAGCAGUAGAAAUUAAAAUACAAGUUGCAUCUAAAACAGGGGGAGAAAAAGAGGUGUUCUGUGGCAUUCUUUGCUGUGUUGAAGGAUCAGAAGAUGCCCUUGACUUGUUAGCUGAUUCAAAGAGCUUCACGCAGUUGCCUGUUUUACUCACUAAGGGACAAGUGUCAUUCACCUAUAAAGUUUUAGAUUUUAUACAGACUAAAUUUGAUUGUGUGGCUACACCACUGGUAUUUACACCUCUUGAACUUGGCUGGAUGAUUUCUAUGUGGGCUGGGAUUUUGAAUGAAGAACGGCCAAAUCGAUCAGUUCAAUUAGUUUAUUCUGUACCACUGAAGCAACUUCAAAGUAUUACAUAUAACAUAAAGCAAGAAUCAGCACACAAGAUCUGGAACUGUAUUCAUGAUCAAUCGUCAGAUGAAAUGAACGUUGAAGAAGUAACUGCCUUUUUGGGAAGUUUGGAGAGGCAUUUCCAUACUAUUUUUGGCAUUGACUUAGCUCAUCUUUGUUUGAAAGAGAUAGCAACACCUCCAGCAGCAGCACAUACUUCUGGAAAAUUAAAAAUUUUCUCAACAGCUAUGAUUCACAAGAUUCUUCGCCACAUUACCUGUUUGUCUCAAGAAGCUUUACAGAGAUCUUGAAUUUUUUUUUAUUUUUACUAUGAACAUUUUACCUUAAGUUGUAUUGUGAGACUUUUAAAUAUAGAAUUUUAACAUAGGCUUAAUAGACUACUUCUGUUUCCCAGAAGUAAUUUUAGAAAGUGUGUAAAAACUGUUAACUGUAUAAUUCUAAAAAUAAAAUGCAUUUUUAUACCUUUUAACGUAACAAGAAAUACUGUCCCAGUUUGUUUUUACCAUUUUAAAUGUACCACAGUUCCUGUAGUUUUUAGUGUGUGCUAUUAUGAGGUUGUCUAAUAAUGUUUUAAUUGAUUUAAUUUCAUAGUAACAAAGUUAAGUAUUUAGUAAAAACAAAAUUCAAAGCAUCAUUAUAUAAAAGGCCCAGUGGUUAGGGUGCUUGGCUCGCAAUCUAAGGGUCGUGGGUUCGAAUCCCCCUCCCACCAAACAUACUCGCUCUUUCAACCGUGGGGCGUUAAAAUGUGACGGGCAAUCUCACUAUCCACUGGUAAAAAGAGUAGGCGGAGGGUGGUGAUGACUAGCUGCCUUCCCUCUAGCCUUACACUGCUAAAUUAGGUAAGG